AUGAAGCCCUCUGUUCCCGCUCGCGCUAUCGCCGACGUCCUCAAGAAGCGUCCUGACGAUGUUUGCAUUGUCACGACCCUCCGAACGCCCAUUGGCAAGUUCCGUGGUGGCCUGAAGGACAUGCACGCCGAGGAGCUCCUUUCUCACGUUCUGCGCGCGACAAGGGAACGUCUUGAGGCUCAGGGUGUCGAUGUGAAGGGCGGCGCGGUCCAGGAUAUCCACAACGGUACUGUCUUGAUGGAGCUGGGAGGCGCGAAGAGCGGUCGUCUCGCUUCCCUCGAUGCUGGCUUCCCCGUUUCCUCCGGCUUCAAGUCGGUUAACCGUCAAUGCGCCUCUUCCCUGCAAUCCGUUACCGACAUCGCCCUCCAGAUCAAGGGUGGCUUGAUCGACAUGGGUAUUGCGUCGGGAGCGGAGUCGAUGACCCGGGACUACGGCACUCGCGCUAUCCCCGUCGGCAUCUCUCCGUACAUCAAGGAGUCGCUUUCGCAGGAUGCCCGCGACUGCUUGCUCCCCAUGGGCACGACGUCGGAGGCCGUCGCCGAGAAGUACAACAUCUCGCGAGAACGCCAGGACGAGUUCGCAUGCAAGUCGCACGCCAAGGCAAAGGCUGCGCAGGAGGCUGGACUCUUCGCGGAGGAGAUCGUUCCUAUCAAGGUCCGCAAGGUGACGCCGGCUGAGGGCGACAAGGCGGAGGUCGUCGAGGAGGUCACGCUCUCGAAGGACGAGGGUAUCCGCCCGCAAACGACGAUGGAGUCGCUCGGGAAGCUCAAGCCUUGCUUCAAGGAGAACGGAACCGGCACGGCGGGCAACUCGUCGCAGAUCUCGGACGGUGCGUCGGCUCUCACGCUCGUCCGCCGCGACGUCGCGGAGAAGCUCGGCCUCAAAGUCCUCGCGAAGUGGGUUGGCUCGGCGGUCGUUGGUGUUCCCCCCGUCAUCAUGGGUGUCGGUCCCGCCUACGCCGUUCCUGCCCUCUUUGAGAGGUACGGCAUCACCAAGGACGAUGUCGACAUCUUCGAGCUCAACGAGGCCUUUGCGUCCCAGUCGCUGAUGGUCAUCGACACCCUCGGCCUCGACACGGCCAAAGUCAACCCGAAGGGCGGUGCUAUCGCGCUUGGCCACCCUCUGGGAGCUACUGGCGGUCGUCUCCUCUCUUCCCUCAUCACCGAGCUCAUUCGCACCGACAAGAAGGCUGGCGUUGCGACGCUCUGCAUGGGUACCGGCGCCGGCAAGGCGACUCUGAUCGUCAGGGAGUAG